AUGUUACGCUUCAGACGCAAGGAAAAGAUAAGGAAUAAAGCACAAUCUGCCGCGAAACGAAGUAAUUCCGACGAGGCGUGGGAAAAAAAGAAAAAGCAACAAUCUUGCCCGAUACGAAGUGAUUUGGACGUUAUUUGGGAAGAGAUCGAAGAAGGUAUCGCACGCAUCUACGAUGGAGAGGCUAUGCUCCCGAAGAACCGCGUGGAAUUGGACACUCUAAUAAAGAACUACUGCACAAGUGUUCAUCAACAAAAAAAAGGUACAAGAGGUCAUAAGAAGACGACAAACGAUAUCGAAUCGAUUGCCUUGGAGUUGCAUCAGAAAAUAAGCCAUUUUCUCGAGAACCACCUGAUUGAUUUGCAGGAGGAGCAAGAAGACCAUCUUACGGGUGAAUGUUUACUCGAAUUUUACACAAAAGUGUGGGAAGAAUACCAGUCGAGCAGUAAAGUACUCAAUGAUAUUUUUGCCUACUUCAGCGAUCACUGGGUAGAAGAGGAACGCGAAAAAGGAUACGAAGGAAUUUUCGAAACAUACAAAUUGGCGUUAGUGGCAUGGAAGGAUACUAUUUUUCAGAAUUUGAACAAACAGGUAACCAACGCCGUUUUAAAUCUAAUUGAGCGCGAAAGAAAUGGAGAAACGAUAAACACGCGUUUAAUCGCUGGAGUCAUCAGAAGCUACGUAGAACUUGGUCUCAUCGAAGAAGUUCUCGGUGACGAGGGACAAACUCUUCGCUUAUACGAAGAAGCAUUUGAAAAUCAAUUUCUCGAUGACACCGAAAUAUUUUAUACUCGCGACAGUGAAGAAUUUCUACGUGACAAUUCGGUCGUAGAGUACACGUUACAAGUUGAAGAAAUAUUAGAAGAGGAGCAGAAACGGGUAAAAAAUUACCUGCACGAGACAACACACGAUAAACUCGUGAAGACGUGCGAGCAAGUACUGAUCGAGAAACAUCUUGAUGUCUUAUACGAGGAGUUUAGUCAUUUUUUGGACGAAGAUAAAAAUAAUGGCUUGGGAAGAAUUUAUCGGUUGGUCGCCAGGAUACCCAAUGGCCUUGUCGAGUUGAAGAAUAUUUUUAAAAACCACGUUUACAAUCAAGGCGUCGCUGCUAUUGAUAGAUGUGGCGACAUGCCCGCUAAAGAUUCCAAACAUUAUAUAAAAACUGUUCUGAUGUACUCCAAGAAAUACAGUACUUUGGUGCAGGACAAAUUUAACAAUGACAGAAGUUUCUUGGAAGCCUUGGACGAAGCUUGCAAACAAAUGACCGGUAAAAGGGUGGCGAGAAAAAACAUAGGUAUUCGUAGUAGGUCUUUGGUAUCGUUGGCACAUGAACCUUGCAUGAUGUCCGACAACGGUGUCGAAGCUUGUGUGACCUCAAUAAAAAUAAUUCCAUGA